CCUAGCCACACCCCAGCCCUUCUCUCCCCACUCCGCCACCGCCUAAUUUCAACAGUCCAGGCUACGGUGGAUCAGGGCAGCCUGAUAAAAGGAGAGCAGGUCUAGAGAGCUGGUGGCACAGUCCAUGGCCUGGGCAGGUCUGAUAGUUCUGCUGGCAAUCCAAUGGGGCUCUGCUGCAAAGCUGGUCUGCUACUUCACCAACUGGGCCCAGUACAGACAGGGGGUCGCUUGCUUCUUGCCCAAGGAUGUGGACCCAAACCUGUGCACCCACCUUGUCUAUGCCUUUGCGGGCAUGAAGAACCACCAGCUCAGCUCUAUAGAGUGGAAUGACGAGGCCUUGUACCAGGAGUUCAAUGGCCUGAAGAAGAUGAAUCCCAAGUUGAAGACGCUGCUUGCCAUUGGGGGCUGGAACUUCGGCACCCGAAAGUUCACAGAUAUGGUGGCGACAGCCAACAACCGUCAGACCUUUGUCGACUCAGCCAUUAAGUUUCUGCGCAAUCAUGGUUUUGAUGGCCUUGACCUUGACUGGGAGUACCCAGGAAGCCGGGGGAGCCCUCCUUCAGACAAGCAGCGCUUCACAGCCCUGGUGCAGGACCUGGCCGUCGCCUUCCAGCAGGAAGCCCAGACUUCGGGGAAGGAACGCCUCCUUCUGAGUGCAGCCGUCCCGGCCGGGAGAAAGUACAUAGAUGCUGGAUAUGAGGUGGACAAAAUUGCUCAGAGCCUGGACUUCAUUAGCCUCAUGGCCUACGACUUCCAUGGCUCUUAUGAGAAGAUCACAGGACAUAACAGCCCCCUCUACAAGAUGCAGGGGGAGAGCGGGGCAGCAGCCAAAUUGAACGUGGACUCUGCUGUGCAGCUGUGGCUGCAGAGGGGGACCCCUGCCAACAAACUGAUCCUUGGCAUGCCCACCUACGGACGAUCCUUCACCCUGGCCUCCCCAUCAGACACUGGAGUAGGGGCCCCAGCCACGGGGCCUGGAACCCCUGGCCCCUUUACCAACCAGGGAGGGCUGCUGGCUUACUACGAGGUCUGCUCCUGGAAGGGGGCCAUUGAGCACAGAAUCAAGGACCAGAAGGUACCCUAUGCCUUCCAAGGCAACCAGUGGGUAGGUUUCGAUGAUGUGGAGAGCUUCAAAACCAAGGCCAGCUACCUGAAGCAGAAGGGCCUGGGCGGGGCCAUGAUCUGGGCGCUGGACAUGGACGACUUCGCUGGCUUCUUCUGUAACCAGGGCCUCUACCCCCUCAUCAAGGCACUACAGCGGGAGCUGAGUCCCAGCUCCUUCUGAGGAAAUAACCUUGUCCCAGUACUACAAUUUCCCAAAUUUCAUGCACCCCUGAGGGCUAAGGAAACUGUUGAAACCAUUCUCUUUCCAGGCUCUUCUUCCCCUUUCUGACUGUGGCAAUGCCUGUCGGGGGUGUCGGUAACCGGGGCUUCUCUCUGGGGGCCCUCAGCCUGGGAACCACAGCUUGCUCCUCUCUUCAGACGGAAAGCUUGCACUCAGCCUGCAGUGCAAGACCCCCGGGGGCCCUCGCCAGUGUAUGGCUGGUCUGUGCAGACGGUGGAUGGCCAUCGACUGCCUCUUACCUGUGUGGCCCCCGUGUGGCCCAUCGAGCUGUGCCGCAGCCGUGGGCAUAGCGUUGUCGGGCUGUUCUCUGCCUGUGGGUGGGGAUCCCUUGGAGGAGAUUUGGCUGAAUCUUCCCUCUUUCCCCAGGUCUUCCCUAUAUGCCUUUAGGCACGCCAGAACCGGAAGUCCCCACACCACGCGGGCCUUCUGAACCUGAGCGUGGCCCCAGCCUUGAACAGGACGCCUUCUGCCAAGGCAAAGCCAACGGGCUCUACCCUAACCCUC